ACCAUGCCUCCUGCUGAACGCCUUUCGAGGAUCACCAAACACUUGAAAACACCACAAACUAAAUCCAGCAAAAUGCCCGCAUCCAAGAACUUCGAGAUCGCAAUUAUUGGAGGUGGCAUCGCAGGAGUCACUCUUGCCAUAGCACUCUACCACCGCCAAAUCCCCGUCACGAUAUAUGAACAGGCGCCGCAGUUCGGCGAGAUUGGUGCUGGUGUUUCGUUUUCCCCGAAUGCAGUACAGGCGAUGAAAUUAUGCCACGACGGCGUCUAUGAGGCGUUUGAGAAAGUCUGCACGCGCAAUGUGUGGCCUGAGAAAAAGUACGUCUGGUUCGACUACCUCGACGGUUAUACGGGCCCAAAUCCGGGCCAAGAGAGGCAGGACAUCGCAUUCUCGAUCAAGAACUCUUUGGGUCAGAAUGGCGUCCAUCGUGCGCAUUACCUGGAUGAGAUUGUCAAACUGGUCCCCAAGGAAAUUGCCCGGUUCGGCAAGAAGCUCGCCAAUAUCACCGAAAACGAAACCAGCGGGAAGCUGGUCAUGAAGUUCGAGGAUGGAUCAACUGCCGAAGCCGAUGCCGUGAUAGGGUGUGAUGGUAUCAAGUCGCGCGUUAGGCAGAUCAUUGUCGGGAAAGACCACCCCAGUGCGCAACCGAGCUAUACUCACAAGUAUGCCUAUCGAGGGCUUGCACGGAUGGAGGACGCGAUCGAAGCAGUGGGCGAGGAGCUCGCCAUGAAUGCUUGCAUGCAUAUGGGUCCCGAUGGCCACGUGUUGACUUUCCCGGUCAACCAUGGCAAGACACUGAAUAUUGUCGCCUUCAGAACGAGUCCAGAAGACUGGCCCGACUCCCAGCGACUGACGAGACCAGCGAAGAGGGAGGAAGCUUUGAGAGAUUUCAGCGAAUAUGGCUCGAAUGUCAUCAAACUCUUAAACUUAACCAAGCCUGACUUGGACGUGUGGGCAAUUUUUGACCUGGGGGACAACCCUGUACCUACUUUCCACAAAGGUCGCACAUGCAUCGUUGGAGACGCGGCUCACGCCACAAGUCCUCAUCACGGUGCAGGAGCCGGCUUCUGCAUCGAGGAUUCUGCCGUUCUUGCCGCUCUACUCUCAGAUGAACUGGUCCAGUCACCAUCAGACCUCGACGCCGUAUUCGCAACCUUCACUGCUCGGCGCAAAGAGCGAGGGCAGUGGCUCGUUCAGAGCAGCAGGUGGAUCGGCGACUGCUAUGAGUGGCGCGCCGAGGGUAUAGGGAGAGAUUUCGCGAAAAUUGAAAGAGAGAUAAAUGAGAGGAAUGGAAUUAUUGCGAAUGUGGAUGUGGAUGAAAUGUGCAGGGAAGCCAAGGAGGAGCUGGAGAGGAGACUCGGAGCGUGA